AGAUUCCAAUGACCUCCAAGGGGAUCCUCCACUCAGCUGUCAAAGCACCCCAGUGCCCCAGGGUGCAUGCAGUUCAAUGGUAGAUGCAGCUGGAUUUGAGAGCAUUGCCCAGUGUCCUCAGGAGCUUCGUCAGAUGAUGGCUGCAGCAGCUGAUGGUUUGGGGAACAUAGCCCUAGAUACCACCCAGCUCAACAUGUCUGUCACCGAUCCCACAGCCUGGGCCACAGCUAUGAAUAACUUGGGCAUGGUUCCCGUGGGGUUGCCUGGACAACAGCUCGUGUCUGACUCAAUCUGCGUGCCAGGCUUCGAUCCAGGCCUCAACAUGAUGACUGGGAUCACCCCCAUUAACCCGAUGAUACCAGGCCUGGGGCUGGUACCGCCCCCACCUCCAACGGAAGUGGCUGUCGUCAAGGAAAUAAUCCAUUGCAAAAGCUGUACUCUUUUCCCCCAAAAUCCAAAUCUUCCACCUCCUUCCACAAGAGAACGACCUCCAGGGUGUAAGACUGUGUUUGUCGGAGGAUUACCAGAAAAUGCUACGGAAGAAAUUAUUCAAGAAGUCUUUGAGCAGUGCGGAGAUAUCACAGCCAUCCGAAAGAGCAAGAAGAAUUUCUGUCACAUUCGCUUUGCAGAAGAAUUCAUGGUUGACAAAGCCAUUUACCUCUCUGGCUACCGAAUGCGAUUAGGGUCGAGCACGGAUAAAAAGGAUUCUGGCCGCCUGCACGUGGAUUUUGCCCAGGCCAGGGAUGACUUUUACGAGUGGGAAUGCAAGCAAAGGAUGCGUGCCCGGGAGGAGCGGCACAGGCGCAAACUGGAAGAGGACAGGCUGCGGCCUCCCUCACCGCCCGCCAUCAUGCACUACUCCGAGCACGAAGCUGCCCUGCUGGCUGAAAAACUGAAAGAUGACAGCAAGUUCUCCGAGGCUAUUACGGUUCUGCUGUCCUGGAUAGAGCGCGGGGAGGUAAAUCGGCGCUCGGCAAACCAAUUCUACUCCAUGGUUCAGUCGGCCAACAGCCAUGUACGCAGGCUCAUGAAUGAAAAGGCUACCCAUGAGCAGGAAAUGGAGGAAGCAAAGGAGAAUUUUAAAAAUGCCUUAACGGGGAUCCUCACUCAAUUUGAGCAGAUUGUGGCCGUUUUCAACGCUUCUACCAGACAAAAAGCUUGGGACCAUUUCUCGAAAGCUCAGCGCAAGAACAUAGACAUUUGGCGAAAGCACUCUGAGGAGCUCCGGAACGCUCAGAGCGAGCAGCUCAUGGGCAUCCGCCGUGAGGAGGAAAUGGAAAUGUCUGAUGAUGAGGACUGUGACAGCCCAACUAAAAAGAUGAGAGUCGAUGAAUCAGCCUUGGCUGCUCAGGCCUAUGCACUCAAAGAGGAGAAUGACAGUCUCCGGUGGCAACUGGAUGCCUACAGGAAUGAGGUGGAGCUGUUGAAGCAAGAGAAAGAACAGCUCUUCCGAACAGAAGAAAACCUCACCAAGGACCAGCAGCUACAGUUUCUACAGCAAACCAUGCAGGGCAUGCAGCAGGGUGGCUAUGGUAAGAAUGUGAAGAGAAUGUUGACUGAAGUAGGAAUGUUGGCUGUGGUGAUGGUGUUGACUAAGGUAAGAAUAUUAGCUUUAGUGAGGAUGUUGGCUGUGGUGAGGAUGUUGACUGUGGUGAGCAUGUUGGCUGUGGUGAGGAUGUUGGCUGUGGUGAGGAUGUUGACUAUGGUGAGGAUGUUGGCUAUGGUGAGGAUGUUGGCUGUGGUGAGGAUGUUGGCUGUGAAUGAGAAUGUCAGCCCUGGUGACUAUGUUGGCUCUGGUGAGAAGGCAGCUGUGGUGAUGACAUUAGGUGUGGUGAGGAUGUUGGCAAGUGGUAAUGUUGGUUGUGGUGAUAAUGGUGCCUGUCGUGAUGAUGCUGGCUGUGGAGGUGACAUUAGUUUUGGAUCCCACAUCCAGAAUUCUAGGCAAGAAACUAAGUCCUGUAAGUGUCAAGUGAUCGAAGACAGUGUGGAAACUCCAGCCCAGGUCUCUCUGCCCACAGCCCCUGUCCCAUCUCUGACACCAUCACUUUCUGAGCCAUGUUUGCUUGAACAUCAGUGCCUUGGCAGUACCGUCGGUGGCAGCAGAAACCUGGUGGAACAUUCUAGCCCAGGCAUCAGGGACAUUAGCAGCCUGUUUGCUGCUUCUCUGUCACGGGCCCCAAUUUGGCCUUCGCAUCAGCAGAUGCAGA